AUGUUCUUUGGCUACGCCUUGGGGGGCUACAGCCUCAAGUUUGAAGACCCAUCCCCCUACCCGUCGUCGGCAGCGGAGACUCCAGAAGAACAAGCAGGACAAGAAGAACUAGAAGACCUUUCCUCGUCCUUCUCCUACUCCGGUUCCCCGGGCGCCUACCGCCUGCACUGCGGCAUGCACGGCGGCAACACCCUGUUCUUGCUCGGGGCUUGCUACCCGGCGGAGUGGGUGGUCUGGGACGUUCCCGGGAAGACGGACGGGAAGUGGGAGAGGCUGGAGCUGAGGUGGCGGGAGGGGGGGAAGAAGUUCACGAUCUCGGGCCACGUGGGCCAACAUGUGAGGUGGAAAGACUCCGACGGCUUCGUCCGGGGGACACGGGGUGAGAGCAAGGUCACCGACUUCGUCUUGAGGGAGAGGGGGAGCACCAGGACCAGCACCGCCGCCGGCCCCAAAUCAGCUUUGAUCCUCUUGGCGUCUUCGUGGGUGACCGUGCCGGGGUUGCGUUCCUCGCUCGAAUUUCAGCGGCCCCGGACCCGGCGACUCUUCGAGUUCAAGAAGCUGGGACGGACAGGGCGGGGGGGAGGGAGGUCCCGUAUGACGUACAUUCGCAUCAACGGGGGUGGAAGAAAAACACCUUUGGCGGACUUGAGGACUCUCGUGGAGAUGGUCUGGAAGUUGCCCGGGCUUACCUCGGAAAAGUUACGUCGUAAAUCGGCGGAGACAGUCGACGGACAGACCGAAGUAGAAACACCCGUGGGUAUCAUCGAUGUACUCAGCAAAACGGAGGUGAUUGAAAUGAAGUACAACAAGAAGUGGAAGCACGCGCUUGGUCAGGUGCUUGAUUACCAUCUGUUUUAUCCCCGUCUGGCCAAGCGUCUCCACCUUUUUGCACACGGAGGAGAAGCCGGUACAAGCAUGGAUUUUGAUUUGGCCAAGGCUGUGUGUAUGAUCUGCAUGCGGUGCGGGUAA